GUGAAGCAAGGCAGCAGCCAUCAGCGAAACCGACAGUACCAAUUAGAGAGAAAAGAAGACCAAUCAUUCAGGGGGAAAAUAAGCCUUCAAAAAGACGAAUAACCAGGUACAGUGUGGAAAAAAUUCAAUCUAGUUGCGUGCAGGAAAAAUCCGUCGUAGUUUAUCGUUUUCCGCGGUCGGGGACAGUUUUUCCACCCGCGAGCUUAAGUUUUCUUCUGUGGAUCUUUAUUUCCAAUUGCCAUAAAUCGCAAAAACAAAAAAAAAAAGUUGCAAAUCGAUAUUGCGGUGUGCGUGUGCAAGAAGGAAAGGCAAAAAAAGGGUUUCAUCGCUUCAAAUAGAGCAGCAGAAGGUGAAAAGUUUUUUCCUCCGCGAUAACCGAAUCAAUAGAAUAGAAAUGUAUGAAAAUUCGAGAGUGUGGUAUCAUUUUCACUGAUUUUCAUCACUAGAAUCGAAGUGCAGGCGAUAGUUACAACAAAGGAAUAGUCUGUGAUUGCAAGAUCUCGGGUGGGUUUUCCUAUUUACACCUAAUAACAUAACUAUCCGGAAGAGGAAAAAUUUAUUGCAAGCCUUUCUCCGAUUCGUAGCUGCGUUGAAUGCUUCUGGGUGAAAUCGAAGAAACAGGAGUAUAGUGUGCUUUAAGUUGAAUCAAUUGCCAUUGGAAAUUGCAAUUAAAAAUUGUUAAAAAAAAUUAAUGAAGACCUCAUAAUUCCUGGAGUGGAAUUAAACUAGCGGAGAUAGUAACAAAGGAACCCCAGCCGAAUGAACGAUUGCGAAGAGCACGAAGUCUAAAUAAACUCUGCUGCGGAGAAAGCCAGAAAUUCCCAGCAGCGUGAAGGAACAGCCGAUUUUGUUAGUGGCGUUUUAGGUUUUCCUUUUUAGUGCUAUCUGUGAUCCUUUGAAGUGCUGUGUUAUCACCGUCAACGUGUUAUAUUGGAAAAAAAUUGAAAUUUAAACUAGUUAUAUCAUCGUCAAAGUGUAUGGGAUAGAUUGCGGAGAUUUCGUUUUGGAGAAACGGUGUGUGCGAUAGAGAAAACCCAUCAACUAGCUAGUAAAAUUGGCGUUGAGCCCCAUCCGACAUACGGAAAGGAAGGACAUCCGAACCAGCCGGUCAAGUUAACCAGUUGCUUUCACAGCGGUCCAACCCUAGCACCAGCCACAACUGGCAUCAUGUUCUGGGACAGUGCAAACUCGUUGUCCAACAUAGACAGCCUACUUACUAAGGAGGGACUCACACUGAAAGAUGUACUCGAAUAUGAAGACGUAUUACAGGAAUGUAAAUCACAGAACACAAAGCUACUUCAAUACUUAAACCGUACAGAAGUGUUCGAUGAACUGAUAGACCUGAUAAUUCAAGAGCCACCAGCCGACCUCGAGGACAAUAUUCGCUUCAUGCAUUCCAAUAUGGCAUGCGAGAUACUUACCAGUGAUGUACCGUCCUUCAUUACUCAUCUGGUCGAGAAUCAGAACUUUCUGAACAAGCUGUACAGCUUCCUGCACCGGGAUCCACCGCUCAAUCCGCUGCUGACGUCGUUCUUCUGUAAAACGUUCGGGAUGCUCAUAUCAAAACGUAACGAACAAGAUUAUUUCUCUUAUAAGUCAGUGUGCCUACAAGUAUUAGAGUUUAUCAAGUCUAGAAAAGGUUUCCUCAACACAAUGCUGAAGCAUUUUGGCAACCAGGUCAUAACCGAUCUAUUACUGUGUUACAUCACCGAUAUCGAAGACGCCGAGCUCAAAUCGGAACUGCUAGAGUGGCUUAACGAGCAAAAUUUAAUUGCUGAAAUCAUCAACUUGUUGAAGUUACCAGGUGAAACGCAGAAACACUACAAUGUCGCACAAUUUUUAAUCGAAUUAAUCAAGAUAGGAAGAUGCAAACGACAAAACGAGAGACAAGACAAGGGAUACUGCAAACUCCACUCCACCUUCAAGCGGAUUGACAAUUUCAAGUCCAAGAUUCUACCCGCUGAGCUGAAGAAGACCAACUUCUUCAAGUUUAACCUUAGCGAAACCAUUCCGACGAUCCUUGGCAAGAUAUCCUCCCACUUUCAAGUAACAUCCGAUCCCAUUCUGAAUACACUUGAGAACGAAGCUACCACCCAACUGCUACUGGACAUUAUACUUAAAGAGAACACCGAGGAAAGCGCUAUCGUUGGUGGAAUUCGAAUCAUACUCCGACUGCUGGAGAAUACAAUUAUACAAGAGCCGGUCUCCGAUACUGCUCUCCAGAUGGUAAUUGACGCUGAAAAGGAACACCACGACACCGUUGUGCUACGCUUAGUGAAUGUCAUACACCCCAGAAUACUUGAGUUUAUCCACAUUUUGAAAAAUCCGCCUCAGAAACCCGACAUUAUUACCACAGUCGGCAUACUUUCACCACCUCUAGGAAACGUGAGACUUCAGAUUUGUAAUUUAUUUACAGUAUUAAUAGAAACCGAAAACAGUGAUGUUAUCAGGACAAUAUGUGGAACAGAUUUUUAUAGCACAUUGCUCAAUCUUUUUAAGCAAUAUUGUUGGAACAAUUUUUUGCACAGUCAAGCCAAGGUUUGCGUCAACUACGCUAUUCAAGCGUUCGACCAAAAAGAAGGUGAAUCGAAGUUGCUUACCUCGGAUCUACAGCGACAUAUUAUCUGCGACAGCAAACUCGUCUUCCUGUUGGUAGACCUGUGGCACUACAACGAGAAGAUGCAAAAACCGAAGGUGGACACUGCAGCAGCAGCAGCAGAAGGAACGCAAAAUAUACCACGCAAGUGUCGCCGGCUCGGUUACAUGGGUCACCUGAUCGAGAUGUUCGAUGCGCUCGUGUCUAACAUGAACGUGUCGGAAGAAUUUUGUGCCUUAGUCGAUGCGUCCCUUUCCGAAGCGGACGACGACUUCAAAGACCGCUGGCGGGAUAUAGUAGACAACGAAAAUGGCGAGCUGAGCACCAUUUUAGCAGUGCAGAAGCGAUUUUUGGCUGACAAUGAUCCAUAUCAGAAAAAAGACUUUUCGUCCGACGUUUCUAUAUUCCACAAGGGAGUUCAUUCGUCAAUCGAUGAUCUGAUCGAUAACGAGAAGUUUGAGCUGAUUGUUGAUUCGGACGUCAUCGAGCAGCUUACCAAGUUGUUUAACGAGGGCUUUCCAGGUAGUUCAAAUGCAUUUAAUUCGUCCGGCAUGGAUGACGGUAUGUUCGGCGAGGAUGAAAAGGAGGACGGUAGCGAGCGAUUUCAUGAGUUCCGAAACUACUAUGCAAACCGUAAUCGUGUUCCGACCCAGAGUUUUGAUUCCGAGGGUGAUGACGAUGGUGGCGGUGGCAGUCACCGGCCGUUCGAUGAUGAUCUCAAAAGUGCGAUCGAUUUGUUUAUCAAUAAGAACGCAUGGCCUUCAGUUGACACGGAUGCCGGUGCCAGCGCGGAGAGUGCGGACCCGUGGGGUGCCGACGAUGGAGCUGGCAGUAUUGAGCAGACAGCUGAUGGAAUGUCCGAUGCGUGGGCUAACUUCGGGUCGGAUAGGUUCGCUGAUUUUGAUUCGCACUUCGCGGAAGUACAACCUGCAAGUGAAGCGGCAGAUAGUGACAUCUCAUCGAAGGCUAUCUUCGAUGAUAACGAAAACAUCGCCUUUGGUAGCUUUACCAAUAAGAGCAACGAUCCGUUCACGGCGGAUACGGCUACUUCGCAAAUAACGGAUGAGGCUGUCAAUAGCUCAAAUGUCUUAGUCAACGAUAACGUCGUAGAUCCUGCCAGCGCAGAACUGACCGAUGCAACCACCAAUAGCGCUCACAAUGAAAACGAUGAUGCUAUGAAUAGUAACGUAGCAAACGAUGUGCCAUUAUCCGUACCCGUAAUAGAUUCCUUCAAUAGCAGUAGUUGUCAGCAGUCGAUUUCAUCGAUGCUAGCAAACACGGAAGCUGAACUAGCUGGUAACAGGUGUACCGACAACUUGGUUGGAACUACUGAACAGUUCGAGAAAUUAGAUGCUUCUACGAUGGAACCAGUUGAUAUCGUUACCUCAAAUGGGCCGGCCUCCGGUGGUGAUAGUCUUGAGUUUGAAGAUGCAUUAGAUACGAUUGUAUGCGAUGACGCUGUGGAUUAUAGCAAACCAUCCAAAGCGGAACCGCCUUUUGGUGACAGCCCAGCUCAACCCCCGCUGGGCAGCAAUAGCGACGUUACGACAGCAGAUGCAGCGGCCUUGGAACCAUCCACAGCAACAAAGACUUCUGACCUCGUAAUAGCAGUCGAGACCAUCGAUAGUAGUAACAGUAGGAGUACCAGCAACAGUACAGUACAGAUCCACACCUCGUCGUCGUCAAUUGAUCCAUCGAAGCUCCCGGCCGAAGUGUUCCAGCAACAGUUGCCGGGCCAAACGGUGAUUCCGCAGCCUCAACAAACACAGCCUCAGCCACCACCACCACCACCAACUGUGCCAUUAGAAAAUGGAACAGUAUAAAAUAGCAUUAUGUUGAACAGAUAAACUGGUCGGCCUACAUUGCUGGGCAAAUCCAAGAAAAAAGCGUACACUUACAUGACAAUGAGCGGCUUUAAAAGCGACACUCAUUGGACGAAUUAAACAGGAUCAAUUUUGCAGCGAACAGUGAACUGAUCAGUGAGUCUGGUUGUUAUACACUUGUAUUUAGGAAAAUGCGCUUACUUGCAGAGAGAAUGGAAUGCCUACUAGGGAGGAGAAAUAUUUUUAUUGCACGUGUAUUUUCUACUAAUACCGUGAGACGUUCGUUCUUACGUAUACAAAACAUACAUUCUCAUUAAAGUUUGGCCCAAUUUGUUUUCCGUUAAAUUUAUAAAAUCCGUCUGCUAUGCUUGUUUUGUGGUACAGUUUGUUAGCGCGUUUCCCGCGCUCAAUAUGGUGCUGAAGUGUUUAGAACGUUUUUCUAGAAACUUGUGUCUUUCAGUAGCUUUGGAAGCACGCCAAAUAAAUACAUUAUUGUACAAUUAUUUACUAACUUAUGUUCACUCUGCCUUGUACACCACGUAGUAUACCCAUUAGCGACCGGCCGUUCACACAAACGGCAGCACUACCUUAGCAUCGAGGAAAGACAACCCUUUGCCCUAACUUAGUGUGCUUCCUACGCCACUGACAAGACCAAUUGUGAUUGUAUUAGGAAAAUGUAACCAAAUUAUGGCUUGCGAAGCAGCAGUGAAUACGACUGUUUUUGGGGAGUAUCCUCGUCCGAUAAAAAUAGCAAUUUAGUUACUAUUACGAACUUUUAAAUUCCCCUAUUUUGUUACACUCAUACUCUGUAAUUCAAUUUAGAUAAGCAACUAAACAAAACGUGACUCAAUGUAUUUUUAUGCAUAAAAUAAGCCAAAAAUGCAGGAACAGUUUAAAAAAAAUAGCGAUGAGAAAGCAAGUUGAAAGCAAUCAGUGUUGUGCUGUUUCUUUACGUAUGAAAAUAACUCAUUGUGUUAGUCGCUCUACAGAGCGAGUGACUGAUCGCAAAGGAGCUGCUUGAAAGGAAAAUCGUGAGGGUAGUGUAAAACAAAUAAUAAAUAAAAUAAACAAAGCUUCCGCCAAAACGAAAAUGAGAAAAUUUACAAGUGAAAUGUACGAGUUUAUUAGCACUAAUUUUCCACUAAAGUAAGCUCUCCAGCAUGAACUAAAGAAUAACGAGAGGCAAAAUGAUUGAAAGAGCGUUGGAGAAAAAAAAAAUUCUAGAUAUUUGUUUUCGUUUGCCAAUGCACACAGCCUUAAGUUAACAUGAAAGCGUUCGUUUGAUUCGAAUGAUCAACCCUGUUUGUAGUAAUGUUUUGUGUUGAUGUUCUUUAAUACGUUAAGUGAAUAAGAAGAAAUACUUUUUAUAUAUUAUCAGUUCAAACUACUUUUGUUUCUUCUUUUACUAUAAUCAGCAUAAUUUCUCAUAUUCAUAUCCCCUAUCACGCUUAGUUAAGGCUUCGUAUUUUACUUUCUAUUCUUACGUACGUCGUCCAGUCUAGUGUUUUUGUUCUAACCGAAAUUGUUGCUCAAAAUAUAUCAUUCUGUUUGUUGCUUGCUCUUAUGUUCCUUUAUGCUUUCCUGUUUUUGGGAAAAAUGAGAAAGAGAAAUAAUCGAAUGUUUGAACAUAUCUUGCUCGCUGUGCAUAGGAUUCAGUUUUUUUUUCUAACUAUUAUUUAACAACUACACCGUAAUUCGAAACAGUUGAAACCACAAAAGAAGACGAAAAAUCAGACAACCGUUUCAGUGAUAGCAUUAGAAUUUAAACAGAUAUAUGACACAAAUUCAUUCACACAUUCACAUACAUACAAGAAAAGAAAAAGAAGAAGAAGAAAAAACUCACACACAUCCACGAAACACAAUACAAUUUCUCGCUAAAAGAGACAUGAUAAACAAAAAAUGGUGCAAUGUUCUGAUAUAUACAUAUAUAUAUAAAUCAAAUGUAAGCUAGUGCCACUUUCUAAAGUACCAUGAAAAUAUGAAUAAAGGAAUGUGAACGUCCACAA